UGUCACCUGCGAGUUGGUAACCUACGAGCGGCUGUGAAGGAAACUGUUUAACCGGAUCCCAUUGUACCCGGAGCGCAGAGCCGCCUUUUCAGCAUGCGGGGGCUGCUCAGAGUUUAAUCGGUCAAGAAAUAGAACAGAAUUCAGCCAUGGCCCCGAGGAAGAGAGGUGGACGGGGGAUUUCAUUCAUCUUCUGCUGUUUCCGAAAUAAUGAUCACCCAGAAAUCACGUAUCGGCUGCGAAAUGAUAGCAACUUUGCGCUUCAGACCAUGGAGCCAGCGUUACCCAUGCCCCCUGUGGAGGAGCUGGAUGUCAUGUUCAGUGAACUUGUGGAUGAACUUGACCUCACAGACAAACACAGGGAAGCCAUGUUUGCACUUCCAGCAGAGAAAAAAUGGCAAAUAUACUGUAGCAAGAAAAAGGACCAGGAAGAAAACAAGGGAGCAACAAGUUGGCCUGAAUUCUACAUUGAUCAGCUCAAUUCCAUGGCUGCUAGAAAAUCUCUACUGGCUUUAGAGAAGGAAGAGGAAGAAGAGAGAAGUAAAACUAUAGAGAGUUUGAAGACAGCACUAAGGACGAAACCAAUGAGGUUUGUAACCCGAUUCAUUGACUUGGACGGCCUGUCAUGUAUUCUCAACUUUCUAAAGACCAUGGACUACGAGACCUCGGAGUCUCGAAUACAUACCUCUCUCAUUGGAUGUAUAAAGGCGCUAAUGAACAACUCUCAAGGUCGGGCUCACGUCCUGGCUCAUUCUGAGAGUAUUAAUGUAAUUGCUCAGAGUCUGAGCACAGAGAACAUUAAGACGAAGGUGGCUGUGCUGGAAAUCUUGGGCGCUGUGUGCCUGGUUCCCGGGGGCCACAAGAAGGUUCUGCAGGCCAUGCUGCACUACCAGAAGUACGCCAGCGAGAGAACCCGCUUUCAGACAUUAAUUAAUGACUUGGAUAAAAGCACGGGGCGGUAUCGAGAUGAAGUGAGUCUCAAGACAGCCAUCAUGUCCUUCAUCAAUGCAGUGCUAAGCCAAGGCGCAGGAGUGGAAAGUUUGGACUUUAGACUUCAUCUUCGCUAUGAAUUUCUGAUGUUGGGAAUUCAACCUGUAAUAGAUAAAUUAAGGGAACAUGAAAAUUCAACAUUAGAUAGGCAUUUAGAUUUUUUUGAAAUGCUCCGAAAUGAAGAUGAACUAGAAUUUGCCAAAAGAUUUGAACUGGUUCACAUAGACACAAAAAGUGCUACUCAGAUGUUUGAGCUGACCAGGAAGAGGCUGACCCACAGUGAAGCUUACCCUCACUUCAUGUCCAUCCUGCACCACUGCCUCCAAAUGCCUUACAAGAGAAGUGGCAACACCGUUCAGUACUGGCUACUCCUAGAUAGAAUUAUACAGCAAAUAGUUAUUCAGAAUGACAAAGGUCAGGACCCUGACUCCACGCCCUUGGAAAACUUUAAUAUUAAAAAUGUCGUACGGAUGUUGGUUAAUGAAAAUGAAGUUAAGCAGUGGAAAGAACAAGCAGAAAAAAUGAGAAAAGAGCACAAUGAAUUACAACAGAAAUUGGAAAAGAAAGAGCGAGAAUGUGAUGCCAAGACCCAGGAGAAGGAAGAGAUGAUGCAGACCUUGAAUAAAAUGAAAGAGAAACUUGAAAAGGAGACCACUGAGCACAAGCAAGUGAAGCAGCAGGUGGCAGACCUCACGGCCCAGCUCCACGAGCUCAGCAGGAGGGCCGUCUGCACUUCACUCCCCGGUGGAGCCUCGCCUGGAGCCCCUGGGGGUCCCUUUCCUUCCUCUGUGCCUGGGCCCCUCCUCCCUCCCCCACCACCCCCACCUCUGCCUGGUGGAGCGCUUCCUCCUCCACCCCCUCCCCUCCCCCCAGGGGGACCCCCCCCUCCCCCAGGGCCUCCUCCCUUGGGAGGAGUCAUGCCACCUCCUGGUGCCCCCCUGGGUCUGGCACUCAAGAAGAAGAACAUUCCUCAGCCCACGAAUGCCCUGAAAUCCUUCAACUGGUCUAAGCUGCCUGAGAACAAACUGGAAGGAACAGUGUGGACCGAAAUUGAUGAUACAAAAGUCUUCAAAGUUCUAGAUCUUGAAGACCUGGAAAGAACUUUCUCUGCUUACCAAAGACAGCAGAAAGAAGCAGAUGCCAUUGAUGACACACUGGGCUCCAAACUUAAAGUCAGAGAGCUUUCGGUGAUUGAUGGUCGGAGAGCUCAGAAUUGCAACAUCCUUCUAUCGAGGUUGAAAUUAUCCAACGAUGAAAUCAAACGGGCAAUUCUAACCAUGGAUGAGCAGGAGGAUCUGCCCAAGGACAUGUUGGAACAGCUCUUGAAAUUUGUUCCUGAAAAAAGUGACAUUGAUCUGUUGGAGGAACAUAAACAUGAACUGGAUCGGAUGGCCAAGGCUGAUAGAUUCCUUUUCGAGAUGAGCAGAAUUAAUCAUUAUCAGCAAAGACUGCAGUCGCUGUACUUCAAAAAGAAGUUUGCAGAGCGUGUGGCAGAAGUGAAACCCAAAGUAGAAGCAAUUCGUUCUGGUUCAGAAGAGGUGUUUAGGAGCAGUUCCCUGAAGCAGUUGCUGGAAGUGGUUUUGGCAUUUGGAAAUUACAUGAAUAAAGGCCAAAGAGGCAAUGCAUAUGGAUUCAAGAUAUCCAGCCUAAAUAAGAUUGCUGACACAAAAUCCAGUAUCGAUAAGAACAUUACACUUUUGCACUAUCUCAUAACUAUUGUGGAAAAUAAAUACCCCAAGGUUCUUAAUCUAAAUGAGGAGCUGCGGGACAUUCCUCAAGCAGCAAAAGUAAACAUGACUGAGCUGGACAAAGAAAUAAGCACCUUGAGAAGUGGCCUGAAAGCAGUAGAGAUGGAGCUGGAAUAUCAGAAGUCUCAGCCCUCAAGGCCUGGAGAUAAGUUUGUGUCUGUUGUCAGCCAGUUCAUCACGGUAGCCAGCUUCAGCUUCUCUGACGUUGAAGAUCUUCUAGCAGAAGCUAAAGACCUGUUUACUAAAGCAGUGAAACACUUUGGGGAAGAGGCUGGCAAAAUACAGCCAGAUGAGUUCUUUGGCAUUUUUGAUCAGUUUCUUCAGGCUGUGUCAGAAGCCAAACAAGAGAAUGAAAACAUGAGAAAGAAGAAGGAGGAAGAAGAGCGCCGAGCUCGAAUGGAGGCUCAGCUCAAGGAACAACGUGAAAGGGAACGGAAAAUGAGGAAAGCGAAAGAAAACAGUGAAGAAGGCGGAGAGUUUGAUGACCUGGUUUCUGCUUUGCGCUCAGGAGAAGUGUUUGACAAAGACCUUUCUAAACUGAAACGGAAUCGCAAGCGCAUUACCAACCAGAUGACAGACAGCAGCCGGGAGAGACCGGUCACAAAACUUAAUUUCUAAUUUCCCUUGAGUACUUUUUUAGAAAGCUCAUUAGUGGCCCUUUGAAGUGACUAGAACUUUUCAUUACACUGCCUUGCAAUCCAAACAGUGGCAAUUUCUCCUUUCAUCUGCGAGUGAAUGCGUGAAUGUGUGUGUAUGUAAAUGUAUGUGUGUGUAUAUAUGAAGAAAUGUAUAUAGAAAUCAGAGUUGUCUGGAGACCUAUAUGUUUGGUUAAAAAAAAAAAUCUAUGUUUAUGUAUGUGCUCAGAACCCAUUUGUGUAUAUGCAUUCGUAUUGAGUGUGGCUCAUCUUCUUCCCCUGAACACCAUGACUGUUCAGAAGCACAAUACUAUCUCCUCAAAGAGAUACAGAAAAAAAAUAAAGCUUGAGAAAUAUUUUAUGGUUUCCAAGCUUGCUAUACUUUGAAAUUAUUUUCACUGGUGAAACUGGUGUUGGAAAAAUAUAGAUUUAAAAUGGUUUUUGAUAGUUGACAGUAUGAUGCUGGUGCAUCACAUCAGUAGUUGAUAGGACCAGCUUAGAAUUUCUGACAUUGGUGUGGGGAUGCAGUCUUUAAAUGUUUAUUGAGAACAUCUGGCACACAAUCUGAAUUAUGUAGACUGUCAAUCAGAGUUCUUUUAUAUGUUUAAAACUUGGACAUCAAUUUUUACCCCCUAAUUUCGAGUUCUCUGCCAAGCACUCUUGAUGAUUUCUUUACAUUGCUUUUGGAAAGAACACUAUCUAAAUGCAAUCCAUGCUCUUGUUAAAGAACAAAAUUACCAUAAUAUGCUUGUUUUCCUAAUAAUAUACACCUAUAAACUUUAAAAAUAAAAUUUCCCACCCAAGACCUACAAGGAGGAAUUCUCUGAAGGGAUAAAAAUUAUUUAAAAAAAAAAUUUAUGGGGUGCAUUUUUUUUUUUUUUUGGUAUUUUCUGUUUUGUAGGACAAGCUGCAUCUUCUGUAAAUAUAGGUCUGGACUAAAGGACAUUUAGUGAAUGCACAAAAUGUCAACACCACCAACAGAGAUGCCAAGAGCUAUUUAUCUCUAAGUAUGUUUGAUGUGGUUUGCUGUUUAUAUGUUGUCAUUUUAAAUUGUGUGUCAGUAACGCUACCUGUAAAAUUUCAGUCCAAAAGAUAAAGCUCUCAGGGAGAAAUGAAUAAAAACAAUGAACAUUAGAAAAUAAAAUAUAGAUGCUUACCAUUAACCUACCAACUCUUAAUAUCCUUAAAUUAUAUGAUAUAUAAAGAGGACUGUUACUUUUUUUUUUUGCUUUGCUUUAUUUAUUAGUAGUGGGGGAGGAGAGCUAAGGUUCUCUGUUUUCUUUCCAUCGAUCCUGUUGUGGUUGGGUUUCCUGUGGAGAGAGUAGUUUGUCCUAUUGCACUAGAACAUUAUUUACUCACUAAAUUGAGUUUUUCAGUCAAUUAACGAAUAUUUAUUGAAACACCUACUAUGUGCCAGGCAUAGUAGGGCUACAGUGGUAAGCAAGACAGAGCCCCUGCCCCCAAGGAGCUUAUGCUCUAAUGGGGACAGUUAAGGGGCAAACAGAAUACCAAUGCGUGUGCUGUACAGGAAUCAUGCUAUUUAAAAAUAAUUUGUAUAAACUAUAAUGCCUAGCACAGAUGGCAAGGUCUGCGCUACAUGAAAGCUGUGAAAUAGUGCUCUAAGAGUUGGCAAGAGCCGUGGUUUUACAUUUUUCCCCCCUCACUGCAAACUUAGCAACUUUCUACACAUUAUAUGGAUGACUCUAGCAAAUAAAACAGUCACAAAUACACAGCAGACGUCGCACUCCCCCAGCUCCUAUGUACCAAGGUCUGCAAGUACACCACAUUAAAGGUGCAGAAGAGACUUUGCUCAAAAAAGCUUGGAGGUGAGGAGGAGUGGGAUGUACUAGUGGGUUUGUCUGUUCCUUAACUAAAGUGCCUCUAUAUAUAUUCUUUUCUAUUUAGAGCAGGAGAAAUUUGAUCUGGCUCAAGUUUGGAACUGUCUUUUGAAAAUGGCUUUGUUUUACAGUUUAAGGAAUGGACAAGUGGAGGGAGAGUCACAUAAAGGAGCAAGUUUGUGUAGCAUGUUCCUCUCGCCCUUUUUCAUCAUCCUCAUUUUGAUAUGGCCAUCCUGGUAGGCCGCCUUUGCCAUUUCCAUUUUUCGUUUCUUUCCCCGAAAGCUGUGUGCAGGUAAUUCCAUGUGCCAUUGUUGAGAAAAAAAACCUACUUUUUAGAUUGGUGCUGGUGUAAGUAGCCACUUUUUCCUCUCUUGGGUGUGUAUUUUAAAAGUUUUUGUUUGUUUGUUUUUUUAAAUUAAUGCCAAAAAGAAAAAGCAUUAUAACUUGUAAACUUAAUUGUAUGUCUUGUAUCUUAUUAGCUUAGUAGUUGGAACCACUUAGUCUUUAGGUGCGAGACUGUUGUUAUAGUACCAAGAAAAAAUGUUGUGUCAUGAGACUGUAAAUUUUUUUUAAAUAGCAACAUGCAAUAAAGAGA